CCACGCUGUCGGUUGGCUGGUGAUCCUCCGGCUGCAUGUGGCUGAGAGGCAGUGAAUCAAUGCUGAUGCAACUUUGAAUCAAAACAAGCGCCUCCACAGAAUUUGUAUUUUGAGCUGAAAUGUUUGUUAAACUAUUUUCCGUCAACAGCCCAGUUUUCAAAUGUCUGAAAACUUUGCACAGCCGCUCUGGACGCGGGCUUAGCUGUGGAGCUGCCUCCUUCGCCCCGGUGAGUUUGAAAGGUCGCAGUUGUCUCACUCUGAAAGAUUUCAGCUCAGAUGAGAUCAAGAGGUUGUUGUGGGUGUCAGGAGAUUUGAAACACAGGAUCAAACAUGAGAAACAGUAUCUUCCUCUUCUGCAAGGAAAGUCCAUUGCUAUGAUAUUUGAGAAGAGGAGCACCAGAACAAGAAUGUCCACAGAAACAGGUUUUGCUCUGCUGGGUGGACACCCCUGUUUCCUCACCUCUCAGGACAUCCACCUGGGCGUGAAUGAGAGCAGUGCAGACACAGCCAGGGUUCUCUCAGGAUUCUGUGAUAUUGUCUUGGCCCGAGUUUACAGUCACUCCACGUUAGAGGAGCUGGAUAAUGUUGCCUCGGUCCCCAUCAUCAACGGUCUCUCCGACCUCUACCACCCAAUCCAAAUCCUGGCCGACUUCCUCACUUUACAGGAGCAUUAUGGGUCGCUCAGUGGAUUAACAGUGAGCUGGAUUGGAGACGGCAACAACGUCCUCCACUCCUUCAUGAUGACUGCAGCCAAACUGGGCGUUCAUCUUAAGAUUGCUACACCAAAGGGGUAUGAGCCAGAGAGGAGUGUUAUUCAAGAGGCACAGAAACUCUGCAAAGAGCACGGGACACAGCUUGUAUUGACCUCUGACCCGAUGGAGGCCGCACACGGCAGCAACGUUUUGGUGACUGACACCUGGGUCAGCAUGGGACAGGAGGAGGAGAAGAAAAAGAGGCUGAAAGACUUUCAUGGUUACCAGAUUAAAAUGAAGACAGGAAGUGUGGCCAAACCAGACUGGACCUUCCUACACUGUCUCCCCCGUAAAAUGGAGGAGGUGGAUGAUGAGGUUUUCUACUCCUCCCGCUCCCUGGUCUUCACUGAGGCUGAGAACAGGAAGUGGACAAUCAUGGGUCUGAUGGUUUCUCUUCUGACUGACUACACUCCACAGAUCCCCAUGCCGAAGUUCUAACCUCAGGUUUUAACGUGGUGUUAUAGUCCAACUGCAGGGGAUUCUGCAGGACGAGACGAUUUCUUGUUCACCAUCUUAACACAAGAUUAAUGAGUUCAAAGUCGUUGUGUCAACAUCUUUUUGAUUUAGAGCAAAGAUGGCAUGGUUUGCCUGGCCCCGCUCCUCAAUAGGAGACUGCGGCUGUCAUGGUUUUCUGUUUACAUUCUAAAUUUACUGUGACUGAGCGCAAUGAUUGUGGCAAGUUUACAGCGGAAAUGUAGCUUUUCAAUGUGUGUUACUGAAAGAGAUAAGAUUAGCAACUUGUACACGUUAGGCCGAGCGUGAUCAUACCAAAACCAUGUUUUUUACAUAUCUCAGCCAGUUUAUGACAAUUAUAAACAUUAUGUUACUGCAGACUCAUUUGCAGGAUUGGAUCCAAUAUAAAAGUAUUGUUUAUAACCGUAAGAAAAUCUAUUUAUAGAUUUUUAGUUAAUUAUUUUUUUGUCUCAUGCAUUAAACAUGCCCAGAUAGAAAGACCAAAAUCCAAAAUGUCAACAUAAAUAACAGAUAAUAUUAAACAAAUAAUCCCUGCUGACUCACAGCAGCGGUAUGGAUAACAUGUGAUAAUCAUAUAUACAGUUGUUUAUUGCUAUACAAAUGUUUUCACGUUUUAGCAAAUGGAAUAAAAAAUGUUUAAAAAAACCUGGGCAAUGUAGAAAUAUUGAAAUAAAUAUUUAGUUUUUCAAUAAAUAUCUCCAACCAGUGGUUCAA